AUGUUAUCGGAAUCUGAAGGAAAUUUUCUUGAUGGUUGUCGUUUUGUGUAUAUUGAUAUGGGAACAAAUAUUGGUGUACAAAUUCGUAAACUAUAUGAACCUCAAUUAUAUCCGAAUUCAUCUGUAUUUUCAUUAUUCACACGAAUAUUCGGUAGUCGAAAUAAAGAAGUUUGUUCGGUAGGUUUUGAAGCAAAUCCAUAUCAUGAUGAAUAUCUGAAAGACUUUGAAAACUAUUGUUUAAAACGACAUUAUCGGGUGAAAAUCUUUACUUCGACUGCAGUAAGUAUCACAAACGAAAGUCAAGCAUUUUAUGUUCAAUCGGAAGACACAUUGUAUAAUCAAUGGGGUUCAAGUUUAUUACCAAAUAGAAAUAAAACGAAGAUUAUAGUUUCAAGUAUUGACAUCGCUUCAUGGAUUCGAGGAACAGUUUUAACUCGAAAAAUACCAUCAGGUUUACCAUUAGCGAAAAUUAUGAUGAAAACUGAUAUCGAAGGACACGAUUCGAUUGUAUUAACAAAUCUGAUCUUUAGUGGAGUUUAUUGUUCGAUUGAUUUGAUUUAUGGUGAACAUUUCAAUCAAGAAUUUCAACAUGCUGUGUCGAUUUUGAAACAAUACACGAAUUCAUGUAAAACAGAACUUGUUCCGUUAGAUGAUGAAAGUCAUUUUAUGAUCAAAUUACCAUUUUUCUAA